CCAAACAUUUUCGGUGCGGGUUACGGGCGAGAAAAAUUGUCUUUGCCUAGAAUUAAAACGUUAUCAAUACAACAAAGUACAGGAAUUCGCGGCCAUUACCGUUUUCUUGGCUUUAUCGAGAAUCCAGCAACCAUAUCUGCCCUCGAGUCGCAGCUAACACACAAGAAAAGUGCGCUCUCGGUAACAGCAACAGUGACAACGGCAGUGGCAAAGCGGUGGCAGCGGAAAAGCAGAAGCGCCAGCGGAAAUUUCUUUUAUCGCUGAAAGCAACAAUUGACGGAACGCACGCACCUCCACGAGAACCUGAGCGGAAAGAGCGAGGGAGAGGCACAAACACUCACACACACACAGACACAAACACAAGUACUCUCUCCACACUACACACAGACACACACUCGUACACGGCACAAAGGUUAUCAUCAAUAACAGAACCAACAACAAAAUUACUUUAAAUAUAAAUAUAUAUACAUAUAUAACGUUCAAAAAAACAAACAAAAAAAAAAACGUUCUAAAAGAACAACCACAAAACUGCAACCGAAAAGCAAUCGCCGAACAACGCCUAAACUAGUGAUUUUUGUGAGAGAGACCAAGACCGAGAACGAGAGAGUGAGAAGUGAGUAAGAGAGUAAGAGAGGAGAGAGAGCCGCCCCGCGUUUUAAAAUUAAACAUUUGCAACUUCAAUAACUCCAAGAGGAAUUUGUAACUGGAAACCCACCUGAACCCGAGUAUUACCUACCGCCUACCUGCUUUUUGGUCUUACACAAACUACAGACAGCUACAGUGAAAAAUGCGUGAAUACAAAAUUGUGGUUCUGGGCAGCGGCGGCGUGGGCAAGUCCGCCCUCACAGUGCAGUUUGUGCAGUGCAUUUUCGUGGAGAAGUACGACCCCACCAUCGAGGACAGCUACCGCAAGCAGGUGGAGGUGGACGGGCAGCAGUGCAUGCUGGAGAUCCUCGACACGGCUGGCACGGAGCAGUUCACGGCCAUGCGGGAUCUGUAUAUGAAGAACGGCCAGGGAUUCGUGCUGGUGUACUCGAUAACAGCGCAGUCGACGUUCAAUGAUCUACAGGACCUGCGCGAGCAGAUACUGAGGGUAAAGGAUACGGACGAUGUGCCCAUGGUGCUGGUGGGCAACAAGUGCGAUCUCGAGGAAGAGCGGGUCGUCGGCAAGGAGCUGGGCAAGAGCCUGGCCAAUCAGUUCAAUUGCGCCUUCAUGGAGACCUCAGCCAAAGCCAAAGUGAAUGUGAACGAUAUUUUCUACGAUUUGGUUAGGCAGAUCAAUAAGAAGUCACCCGAAAAGAAACAAAAGAAACCGAAAAAGUCCCUAUGUGUUCUGCUAUAAGACUUCCAACAAAACAAAAAAAAGGAAAAACAAAAUAAAAAAGGGUAUAGGAGAAGAGCGGUUAAGAGAGGAGGGAAGGAGAGGAGAACAAGUAUAAGAGUAAAGUUAAAAACAUUUUCAAUUUUUUUUUCGUUCUUGUUUCGUUUUCGAUCCGAAUGCAAUAUGCAGUUAUACAAUACAACACAAUAUAAAAAUUGUCAAACAAACAAACAAAAAAUUGAAAUAACCAAUCUACUAUAUAUACAAUACAAGAGAAUGAGCAAAAAACGUACAUAUGCUGACAAUGUUUUAUAACUGUUUAAAGUUUUUGUAAUUAUUACUAUUUACUACUAUUAUGAUUGUACUAUUUUUCGCUGAUUAACCAUUAAUCAAUAUGGGGAAUUAUUUAAUAUACUUAUACACACACAUAUAUAUAUAUAUACAUAUUUGUCGUUCGUUUUUUGAGCCGUUUUUUAAAUUAUGCAACAAAUGAAACAUUCGUAAACUAAAACAUUCGUAUUUAUUGAUUCUUUUCGAUUAUACUCUAUACACAAUACGUCUUAUAUACAACAAAGCAAAACAAAAGCAAAAACCAACAAAGAAACAACAAGUAAUAUCUAUAAAUAGAGCCGUAUACCUAAUGUCAUGUCGUUGCUCUUCUACCAAUUGCAAAAACAAAGAAGUAAGAAAAGAAAACCAAUUCAACUCAAAAUCAAAUUAAGCUAAAUAUUAACUUGUACUAGCCUGAUAGAUGAUGAUGAUGAUCAUAAUGAUGAAUCCAGAUAAAAGCAAAUAAAAUUGAGAAACAACAAGUAAACAUGUAUAAGAACAUAUUUUAUAAAAAUAUUGUCUGCAAAUGAUGUCAAAAUGUUGCAAACAACCAGAAGAGUAAUGAGAUCCAUUUAGUAACUAGUUUAAAACAAAUUUACAACUAAUUGUUUAAUACGAUCAAUCAAUCCAAAAUUGUAAACACCUCCAUACACACACAAACACACCUGCACACACACAUGCAUGCUACAUCCCAACAUAUAUACAAAACACACAAAUACACUCCGGCACGCUCUCAGAGAGCCAAUACCAAGGCGGAAGUGGGACGGAACAUACAUUGACCUACGAUAGCUACUUCCGCACCCUUUUUGCGGAUCAGAAGAAAUAUUCGGCAGAAACAUAGAAAAAGAAAGGAAGCCACAAAUUCUAGUAUAUUUAUGCAUACGAAAUGGUCGUGUCAAUCCCAAAA